GACGGACGCUGUCUUACACGACGACGACGAAGGUUAGCUCAUCGCGCGGGCCAUCCGAGCCUUGGUCACUAACAAUGUAUUCACGUUUCAAGGGUUAUCCUUAGCAUUCUCACAGUGCUAUUGCCAGGCUCAUCAGCUGUACAUUGUUGCAGCGCACGCUACUCCCUCAUUUCAGGUAACCCAUCAAGCGCUUUACUUUGUCCUGUGCCCUCGACAGCCUCGUAUCAUAUCAACAUACCCUCAUUACCGUGCAGUGCCUGCUGUGUCUUUAAAACACCUGUUCUGCUCCUGAACCCUCAUCCAAUAUGCCUCUCAAGUACUCCCACGUCAAGAAAAGGUCUGCGUCUGGUCUCAUGAAGAAGACUACCAACAACGGCCAUGGAGCAAGAGAUGGCCAUCAACGUCAAUCCAUUUCUUCCCAUGUCGAUCGUUCUAUCACCCAAGCGAUGGCAGCUGUAUCGCAGCUCGAGCGUGCCAUUGCUCGCAUUUUUCUCAAACGCUACGAACAUGACAUCGCGCGUCUUUUCUCGACGCACCUCUUCAGCGUUGCUCUCGUUCAUCUUCCUACACUUGCCAUGCGCUGCAUAAGUAUAGGCGGCCCAGGGUGGGUCGCUUACAACGCCGAUUGCGAGGAAAUCAAGGAUUUCUUCCGUUUGGCUAUCAGCAUGGACAUGAGGCAGGCUGGUGAACGCGUGGCAACCAAGAGCGUUUUGUGGUCUUAUACCGCGCUACGAGAUUUUGCACUGUCCAAUAAUGUACAUGUCUGUCAAAGACGUGGCCUUCAUUCAUUGCGCCUAUUACCACAUUACCCUGCCCUGAAAGCUCAUCUCGAUCAGCUUGAGUCGAUGCCCACCCCUACCUUUUCAAAACCCCCUCAUCUCGGGCCUCUCACAGAAGGCCUGGAUGCACUUGAAGAAGCAUGCCAGCUAAAGUAUGGAGAUCAAGUGACUUCAAAAUCCCAUGGUGCGUCUGAUUGGGACGAUAAUUGGCGCCUCAAAGUACGACUAGGCUAUGAAAGGCUAUGCCAGACAUUAUGGCGUGUAGCACGAGAAUUUGAUGUCCGCGGGUACGGAAUGGUUUUGCGAGAGAAGUUGACAGCUAAGUGGUGUGAUUGUGGCUGUUCAACUGAUCAUCUUGGAGAAGUUUGUGAGAAGACUGUAAGAGAAGAUGAAGAGAGCAGUGGCAUAAGACCAGGCAAACAGAGAGAGUGGGAUGGUCGAGGGAGCGGUAUUUACGGAUGGGAAACAGAGGAAGAAGAGGACAUAUGGGAGAUGGAUCUGGAUUUCGGUUCAAGUGAUUCAGAUGAAGAAGAUGCCUGCUCGAAUUCCGAAAUGACUAUAGGAGAGAUGAUGGAAUGGCGUUAUUUCGCUGCUGAAAAGGAGAAAGAGCUGGGUAAUGCCGCCUUUCGGCAAGGUGAUUACAAUCGUGCCGUCAAGCAUUACGAGGUUGCGCAUGAUAUGGAACCUGAGAUGCCUCACUAUCAGCUGAACAUUGCAGCUGCGCAAUUAAAACUUAACAAUUGGAUGGAGGCCGAAAUAGCAUGUACAAGAGCCUUAGGUCAACACCGUAGUGGUAAAGGGUAUUAUCGACGUGCCAAAGCAAGAAAGAUGAUGGGAAAUACUGAAGAAGCCACGAAAGAUCUACGUGCAGUGUUGAAGCUGCAGCCCUGCAAUACUGAGGCAAAUGCGGAGUUGUGGUCCCUCAUACCCCCUGAACCAACAGUGUCUGCGUCAUCAUCUUCCUACGCCACCUCUUCGUCUUUAAAUAACGCCUCUCUACGUCCGCUUGCCCUAUCAAAUUACAGCCAUUUGCGAGUGCCAAAAUCGAAGUUCAAACAACCGCCCUUUUCGCGUACGAAGGGAGAUGACCGAAAAAUCAAAAUUGUCUUGCUGCCAACAACGGUAGAACUUGCCUCAUCACGAUCACCGUGUGGUAACCGGGCCAAAGCGAAAAGAAAGGCGGAAGGAACGGACGUAAAGACAGAGACUUUCGCGGUCCCGAACUGGGAGAAGUAUGUGAUCCGUCAAGUUGCCGAUUGAUAUGGCAGAGCAGACGUGCAACUAUAGUUGGUGUUGAGAUUGGAACAUAGUCUGUCUAUCUUGGCGCUGCGCCACUGGUUCAAAGACUGCUAAGAUCUAACCUUACUUUCCACGCAGAUGUAAUCGUGUAUGAAUUUGAUAUAAAAUGAUGAAGCAUUUUUCCUUGCACCGC